UGGAGUUCCCUCGAGAACCCUUUGCGAGAGCUUCAAAAGAUCUUUAAAGAAGGAGAAUCGUAUGUGAGACAAUGUAUGGACAAAAGAGAUUGGUGGGUUAAGGCACUCAAUCUCCAUCAAAACAAGGACUCCGUUGACCAUCACAUCCACAAUUUGCUCUCUCAUUUUCCGGCGGUCAUCGAGGCCAUCGAGAUGGCCGGAGAGAUCGCCGGGAUCAACCGGGAUGAGAUACAAAGGAGGAGAGUCAUGCUUGCUAGGAAAUACUUGAUCCGAAGCUCUUUCAGUUUCAGUUCGGAAGGCAGUACUUGAUCCCUCGAGAGAUCUGUAGCCGGUUCGAGAGCGCGUGGAGGGAAGAUCGAUGGUACACUGGAUCGUUGAUUCGGAAAAUUAGCGGAUCGGAGGCUUAUAAUGGUAAACUCUUCCCUAGUUCAAUCUUGUAUGGAGAGAACUACCAAGUAAGGCGAAGAUUAAGGGGACAAUAUAAGGAAAUCCAAUGGUUGGGAGAGAGCUUUUUGAUGAGGAACUUCUUUUGGGAUGUUGAGCCGUCAAGUUUCGAAAUCUCUACGUUGCUUUCACUUACUCAUCCGAAUAUACUGAAACACCUUUGUGGAUUUCACGAUGAAGAUAAGAAAGAAGUUAUGCUUGUUCUUGAGUCGGUGAACAAGGAUCUCGGUUGUUAUUUGAAGGAGAAUUACGGUUCGAGAAGGCGGAUCGUGUUCCCUCUUCAUGUUGUGGUUGAUCUUAUGUUGCAGAUUGCAAGAGGAAUGGAAUAUCUGCAUUCAAAGAAGAUUUAUCAUGGAGAGCUUAACCCUACUAACAUUUAUCUAAGAGAUAGGAACAGCACCGAUGGUUGUUUCCAUUUGAAGAUCUCGAGCUACGGUUUAUCCGAUAUCAAGCCUCUUUCGUCCCCGAACUCGUCGCCGAGGAGGUAUGAACCCAACCCCAGCAUAUGGUAUGCUCCAGAAGUUCUGUUAGAGCAAGAGAAACUAUUUAUCGGCUCCUCGAUUUCGAAGUACUCCGAGAAGGCAGAUGUGUACAGUUUUGCGAUGCUUUUCUUUGAGCUCUUGUCCAGGAAACCGCCUUUCGAAGGACAUGGAGAGAAGAUGAGUAGAAGUAUCAUUGCAGGGGAGAGGCCUCUUUUUCCCUGCACAGCACCGAAAUAUCUUAUCAACUUAACGAAAUGGUGUUGGCGUACGGAUCCGAAUCAGCGUCCGAGUUUCUCAUCUGUUUGUCGGAUUUUGCGCUACAUCAAGAAGUUCAUAGUGAUGAACCCUGAUCAUGAUCAUCCCGAAAUGCAAUGUCCUAUUGCAGAUUAUUGUGAGACAGAGUCAUGGUUUGCGAAAAAAUCCACUGCAAAUGGGACUCUCGAUCCACUUUCAGUUGCACAAAUCCCAUUUCAAAUGUUUGCGUACCGGCUUGCCGAGAAGACCGAACUAUUAUGAUCACAGGGGAUAAAAACGGCGAGUUAACGAGCGAACGGACCUCGAGUUGCAGAGAUGACAAUGUUUCUAUAUUAGAGGAACCAUUGGCAGGCACAAGUGAUAGAACGUCUGUUGGUUCUUUUGCAAAAUCCCGUGGUUCGGAUACCAAGUCGGUUUACUGGGAUGUUCGGUCAGUCUACAGCGAGGUCCUGUAAAGGAAAUCGAUCCGAUUUUGUACACCGCCCAAGAGACGAAUUUCCACCAAGAUUCCAGAAAAUAAAGUUGUAGUCACGAAGAAAAACAGUAACGCGAAGACCAAGAAAAGUCCAGUGGCAACAAAUGGACAAUCUACUAGACCAUCGACCUUCAACUGUUGUCACAGUACUGGGUUAAUCCGAGAAAACCGAUCGACAUUCGUUACCGGUUCCUCCACCAGAACACGGCAACGAACGACAGCAGCGGGGGCCGCAGGUGGUCAUACCUCAGAUUAGCACCAUUUAAUCACCAUAAUUAACAGGAUUGCUUCACGAAUCCGCACGAUAAUCAAAGAAAAUCGUUAGCCAUUCGUUAUACGUUCCUUCAGCAGAGGCCGGCAACUACCAGCAGUGGCAACGGCAGGUAAAACAUCGGAUUAGAAUCGAUUAGUCGCCGUGAUGAACAAGGUUGUCUGGUGAAUAACCGUGAUACAAAUUGUAGGAAUAGUGUGUGCUAUGUAUAUGUCUCUUUUGCCGCGCAUAUCUGCUUCUUGUAUAGCCCUCUAGGAUGUAAAACCUUUGUAAUUGUCAUCAAUAUCCAAAUCUUCUCUUGUUCUAUCAACCUCU